AUGCAUUCGCUGUCACAAACGACACUCCCGUCCACAGAGGUCCCGGGGUCACCCAUGGACGCAGGCCAGUCGUUCAAGACGGAGGCUGUGGACGACCGGCCGGCCAUCACCGUUAUCCCGUCGUCGCUGACACCACCGCCGUCCACGCAGGUCGCGGCCGGCAACGGUGCCUCGAGACGCACCUAUUCCAACUCGCAGCAGUCGACCCUCUUCUCACCGCCGGCCACCAUACUGAACACGCUGCGGGAGCGAGAACUGGAGUCCGACUACACGCCGCCCGCGCCGCACCAGGUGCUCGAGGCGUCGGCGGACGAGCUGCGCGCCAUGCUGCAGACGUGCAUCGCCGAGAACCAGAAGCUCAAGAUGGAGGCGGCGCACCACAAGCUGCAGUAUAACCUCCUGAGUCUGCAGGCGGACGAGGAGUCCAAGCGCGCCGCGGUCGAGCACGACAUGGUCCGUCGCGAAGUGGACGCCCUGCGGAUGGCGGAGCAUUCGCGGCAGGCGAGGCGGGAGCUCAGCACCGCGUCCGAGUCGCUGCAGAACAAGUACUUGCAGAUGAAGAUGUGGUACGAGGCGGCGGUGGAGGAAAAGGAGGCGCUCAGCCACAAGUUUAAGCUGGCCAAGAAGGUGAUUCAGCAGAAGAUGGAGGAGACCAUGACGCUGGUGGAGGAGCGCGAGAUGCUGCUGAACCGCAUCCGGGAGAAUCGCGAGCACUUUCACAUGCUGUGCAGCCCGGGCGGCAUCUUUCACGGCGCCCUGACGCCCAAACAAGCAACAGCGGAGCACGGGCUCUCGGCACUGCUGGAGGCCAUGAGCCAGAGUCAAACGCAGGACAACAACGCGAUGGCGACGGCAGCAGCCAACAACAAUAGCGCGCCGUCAACGCCCAUGGUCAUGGCCCAGCCUGCUGCGCGGCUGGUUAGGAGACACCAACGCAACGCCCAGUCCAUGUCCUCGCUGCCCACCACUCCGUCGAGCAGACUACGCAGCGACAGCACCGGGCUGCUGCCGUCGGUGGACCUGGUGGCGCAGACGGAACCCAGAUCCCGCUAUUCGCAGCGACGAUUCGUCCCGACGACGCCGCCGUCCCAGAGGUCAUCGCGGCGAAGAAGACGCGAGAGCACCAUCUCGGUGGAGGACACGGAGGAGCUUGCUCGACAGGCCCUGGAAUCAGUAAAGGCGGUGCAGUCGCUGUCAUCGCGAGAGGCACCUGCUGGGGAGUUGGUCAGCUCACAAGAAGAUGACCAUCAGCUCGAGGACAGCCAGGCGAGCCAGGCGGCGGCCGAGCUGCUGCGUCGGCACCCGGGCCAGGGACAUAGGGCGGCAUCUUCAUCGGUCCGGGACGGCACCGCGGGGCCGGCCGAGAAAUCUGCAGCCAUGCAGGCCAAGCUGUUUGCCGGCGGCAGAACGGCAACCGGGGCCGAGAAGCGGAAGCUGGCCGUUGACGGUGAAGCCGGCGCCGAUGACGGCGAGAGCCCGCAGAAGAAGCUGAGGGCUAGCGGGACUGCGUCGGAGACCACCAUGUCCAAAGGCCUCGCCGCCAUCCUGACCAAAUCCCCCUCCGACACCGUCAUCCUCAGCUCCCUCCGCACGCCCAUCUGCCGCUCCUACAAGGGCGGCCUCAAAGACGCCUACCCAGAGGAGCUGCUGGCGGCGGUGCUCAAGGCAACGCGCGAAGCCGUCCCCGAGCUGGACGCGGCGGUCGUCGACGACGUGGGCGUGGGCGUGGUGCUGUCCGAGCUGGGGGGCUCCAAGGCGGCGCGCAUGGCGCUCAACCACGCGGGCUACCCGACGAGCACGUCGCUCUUCACGGCGAACCGGGCGUGCGCGUCGUCCCUGCAGAGCAUCGCGCUCGUGGCGGCGCAGAUUGGCGCGGGCAUGGUGGACGCGGGCAUCGGGGCGGGCAUGGAGAGCAUGACGAGGAACUACGGGAGUAAAGCGAUUCCCGUCAACGUCUGGCCUGCGCUGAAGCAGUCUGAUGAGAAGAAUGUGAGGGACUGCGUGAUGCCAAUGGGCUUGACGGCGGAGAACGUCGCUGUGCGGUAUGGCGUCGGCAGGGCGGUGCAGGACCAGGUGGCUGCGGAGUCGCAUGUGCGCGCUGCGAGGGCGAGGGAUCGGGGUUGGUUUGAUGAGGAGAUUGUGCCGGUGCGGACGCGCUUCCAGGACGUGGAUAAGCAGGGGAAUCCCGUGGGCGAGGGGCAGCCGCGCGAGAUUACGGUUGCGCGGGACGAUGGCAUUCGGGAUGGCGUGACGGUUGAGGCGCUGGGGAGGUUGAAGCCUGCGUUUACGGAGGACGGGACCAGCACGGCGGGCAACUCGAGCCAGAUCUCGGACGGGGCGGCGGCGACGCUGCUGAUGAGGCGGAGCACGGCGACGGAGCUCGGCUUGGGGCAUCGCGUCAUGGGCAAGUUUGUCGCUGCGGCGACGGCGGGCUGCGAUCCGGAUGAGAUGGGCGUCGGGCCGGCGGUUGUGAUUCCGAGGCUGCUGAGGAGGCUGGGGCUGGAGAGGGAGGAUGUGGAUAGGUGGGAGAUUAACGAGGCGUUUGCGAGCCAGACGGUGUAUUGCCUGCGGGAGCUGGGGCUCAUGGAGGCGUGGGAGAGGGGGAGGGUGAAUCCGGAUGGGGGCGCGAUCGCGCUGGGGCAUCCCCUGGGGGCGACGGGGGCGAGGAUGACGAGCACGUUGAUGCAUGGGCUGAAGCGGGAAGGGGGGCGGGUUGGUGUUGUGAGUAUGUGUGUUGGGACGGGCAUGGGCAUGGCGGGCGUGUUUGUGCGGGAGUAA